GGUGGUGGCUGUAGUGAUGCCGUGCCAUUGGGACGGCAGCGGUAGCGGCAGCGUGUGCUUUGGAGAGGUGGUGCUGGAGCAUGACGCGCUUGGUGCACUGCACAUUAACACGAGUGACCCGAGGAACGAGCCCGUCUUCGUGAACGGGGCUGAUGUGGGCAAGAUGUUCGACAUGGUGCAGGCCCAACAGCGGGUGAACGACAUGCAAGCCAGCCAGCUACACGCUCAGGCAAGCGAAAUCGAAGCGCAGCGGGUCAGAAAUCGGGCACUUGAGCGUGAGCUUGAGGCCCAGGCGGUGGUGUUUUGCUAUCGCUUUCCCGUCUCCCCUUCCACGGACACCACCACCAUCGCCAACGUUGGGAGUGGAAGCAACGACUGGCGCGGAGGCGUGCUUGCGGGGAAUGGCCUCAUCUACGGCAUCCCGCUGGGCUCCACAACUGUCCUCAUCAUCGACCCACUGACCAACACCGAUGAUACCACCUCCAUCACUGGUCUGGGAGACGGCGGCGCCAAAUGGAGCGGGGGCGUGCUCGGCAGCAACGGGCGCAUCUACGGGUUUCCGGUCAAUGCUGACGCCGUGCUUGUCAUUGACCCGGCAACGAACACGGCUGACGGAAGCAGCCUUGGCACCCUGUCGUCUGGUGGAGCGAAGUGGCUGAGUGGCGUGGCUGCCGACAACGGUCUCAUCUACGGCAUUCCCUGGGGCGCAACUUCUGUCCUGGUCAUCGAUCCUGCCACGAACAGCACCGACGCGACCACGAUGGGAAGCCUGGCUGCAAUCGGCAACAAGUGGUCUGGCGGCGCGCAGGCCGGCAAUGGCCUCAUCUACUGCGUGCCACGCGAUGCUGAGGCGGUGCUCAUCAUCGAUCCGUCGUCACACACGACCGACACCUCAUCCAUGGCUGGCCUAAUGGGCCAGAACAAGUGGAUCGGUGCCGUGCUUGCAGGCAACGGCCUCAUCUAUGGCAUUCCCUUGAGCGAGACGUCCGUGCUCAUCAUCGACCCAAGGCUCAAUGCCACAGACACGACCUCCAUCGCCGGGCUGCCAACCCCCAAUUUUAAGUGGCGUGGCGGUGUGCUGGCACGCAAUGGCCUCAUCUACGGCAUUCCCGACAACCACGAGUCCGUGCUCGUCAUCGAUCCCACUAAGGCUACUGCAGAAGCCACAUCGCUUUCUGCCUCUGUUGGCACUGACAAGUGGUGGGACGGUGUGCUUUCCGACACUGGCCUCAUCUACGGCAUUCCUUUCGACUCUAGAAAUGCCCUCAUCAUCGAUGUGGGCUGUUGAGGAGCCAGACACGUGUGUGUGUGCGUGUGUGCAUUU